AGUAGCUACAUUCAGUCAGCAAAAAUAAAUUUAUAAUGACCUUUUAAUUUCUUUAAGUCACUCGAAUAAAAUCAAUAAUGAGUAACCUUACAAAAGCAUCGAUUACUAUAAGCUUGGUUAAUUAUUAACAAAGUCAUCACAAUGAAUAUUCCAGUGUCAAUUGGUGGCAAUAUCCAAUUGGAUCGAUGCAAGGCUUCUGUUAUUGCUUGGAUGUCCAGUGCCUUUCUACUUGUGUGUCCUGUGCCAAUUAGAAGCCAACAUACGAUAGUAUACAAACUCGACUAAUAUAGAUGUAUAAGUAGUCGUGACUGCAACAGUCUUGAUAGUUGCUCCGCACGUUUCUUCCAACACUAAACACAAUGAAAUCGUGCCGCAGCCUGAAUGUGUUCUUGCUGAGUCUGAUUGCCGUUUCUGACGCAAUGACUACUUCCAUUUCGAGUUCGUGGUCAAAGGUGACGGCUGAGACUUGCUCUAUUCUCAGAGAAAAAUGUGGCCAGAAUCAAUGUGUCGAAUCGGCUAAAGGUAUCGUUCGUUACAACUUCGACAAAAAGGAUGUGGAAGUAUGUGAUGGUAACAGUUGGAUAAUACCGGAAAGUGAAGGUGAAAAAGUAGUCCACGGUACGCUAGGCAGUUCCAAAUACCAGCCUGCAAAUGGAUGUAAGCACCUUUAUGACAGUGGCAUAACCGCCAAUGGACUAUAUUGGCUGUUACCAUUUGGUGCAUCUGAAGCUUUUCAGGCCUAUUGUGAUCAGAAAACAGAUGGAGGUGGGUGGAUGUUGUUGUAUGCUUACAAACAUGUGGCAGGAGAAAAUAACCCAGUUGUUGAGAAACUUCCCACCGACCUUAAUGGAUAUUCACAUCAACUCUUGAAUAACCUAGCCAUUAAUUCCAGGUUUCGUUUGUUCUUGGGCUAA